AUGAAUUGUAGUCAAUGUUUACAUCCAACUUGUACUUACUCUUUAAUAACUAAUACAAUUUGUCAAUGUCAAAUGUCAACUGAUUUUAUUGAUUGUAAGGGUAAACUAAUAUUGGAUCAAACUUCAUCUACUAAUUCAUUUAAAUUAUAUUGUACUAUUUGCAAAUCAAUUGUGAAAUUUAAAGAUACUGUAAAAGGAGUUUCUGUAAAGAAAAAUGAAUCUUGCAAAAAAGAAGAUUGUGAAGUUAACGUUAUAAAAAUUCAAUUAAAAGAAAAUAGUCCUACUGUCGAAGGAUGUGUUUUAUGUGAUGAAGAAGUUAUUGCAUUACUGGAGAAUAGAUUCUCAAGAGGUGGCAGAUCUAGAGGAAAUAAAAGAUUUCAUAGAGGUGGUGGUAGAAAACGACGUGGAAAUAAUACAAGUUGGAAGGCUUUGAGCAAGUGA